GGGGAGACCCAGGAGAAGAAGCUGAAGCGGCGAGGGAAGCUGAAACGGCGUAGUAAGGCCCAGGGCGAGCAGGCCCAGCCCGAGGAGAGCGGGCUGGGCGAUGGUGACCUUGAGCCCCCCCUGCCCAAGAAGACAAAAAAAGUCAAGGAGAAGAGUAAUGCUCUGACUGGAGAGGGUGAUGUCUCCGAGCACACGGUGAAACUUUCUGCUGUAAGCAACGACGUGACGUCGCCAGCAACGCAGAGUGUAUCCGGUGACACAGCUGCUGGAGAGCAGGGCAGCGACCCAGAGCUGACAGAAGAAGCAAAAGAAGGCGACUUCUCCAAUUUUCCUCUGUCCCAAAACACCAUCAACCUUCUCAAAGCUCGAGGUGUAAAAUACCUGUUCCCUGUGCAAGCGAAGACUUUUCAGCCCAUAUAUGAUGGCAAAGACCUAAUUGCUCAAGCUCGAACGGGAACUGGGAAAACCUUCUCUUUUGCUCUUCCACUGACUGAAAAACUUCAGAGUGUCUCGCAAGAUGAGAGAAGAGGCCGUGCACCAAAAGUGCUGGUUCUUGUUCCAACCAGGGAACUGGCCACUCAGGUAGCCAAAGACUUCAAGACUCUCACCAGGAAACUGUCAGUGGCGUGUUUCUAUGGAGGAACUCCAUAUAAAGCACAGCUUGAUCUCCUUAAAAGCGGCAUUGAUAUUCUAGUGGGAACUCCAGGACGGAUUAAAGACCACAUUCAGAAUAGCAAGCUGGAACUUUCCAGUGUGAAGCAUGUUGUUUUGGAUGAAGUUGAUCACAUGUUAGACAUGGGCUUUGCUGAACAAGUGGAAGAAAUCUUAGGAUUUGCUUAUAAAAAAGGUUCUGAGAACAACCCCCAGACACUGCUGUUUUCUGCAACUUGUCCACGAUGGGUAUAUGAUGUAGCAAAAAAAUACAUGAAAGAUGAAUAUGAACAGAUUGACCUGAUUGGAAAGAAGACUCAAAGGACUGCCACAACUGUGGAACACUUGGCUAUACAGUGUCGCUCAUCUCAGAGAGCAGGAGUUCUUGGAGAUAUCAUUCAAGUCUACAGUGGCAGCCGUGGGCGGACCAUUGUCUUUUGUGAGACCAAAAAGGAAGCAAAUGAACUGGCUAUGAAUGCUUCACUCAAACAGGAUGCGCAGUCAUUGCAUGGUGACAUUCCGCAGCAACAGAGAGAAGUUACAUUAAAAGGCUUUAGAAGUGGCGUGUUUGAAGUUCUGAUUGCAACAAAUGUAGCUGCCCGUGGACUGGAUAUUCCUGAGGUUGACCUCGUUAUCCAGUGUUCACCACCAAAAGAUGUUGAUUCCUACAUCCAUCGUUCUGGACGUACGGGUCGAGCAGGCCGGGCUGGGAUCUGCAUUUGUUUGUUUCAGAGAAGAGAAGAGGAUCUUCUGAAACAAGUUGAGCACAAAGCGGGGAUUACAUUUAAGCGUGUAGGUGUUCCUUCUGCUACAGAUGUAAUUAAAGCUUCAAGUAAUGAUGCCAAAAAGUUGUUGGAGGCUAUUCCUCCUUCCGCAGUAGACUACUUCAGAAAAUCUGCUCGAGAGCUCAUAGAUGAAAAAGGGGCAGUUGCUGCCCUGGCUGCAGCUCUAGCUCAUAUUUCUGGGGCAUCUUACAUUCAGCAGCGCUCCUUACUCAACUCAACUGCGGGCUUUGUGACCAUGGUGUUAAAGUGUUCAAUAGAAAUGCGUACCAUGAGCUAUGCCUGGCGAGGACUAAAAGAACAGCUUGGUGAGGAGGUGGAUGCCAAAGUAUCCGCAAUGCGUUUCCUCAAGGGGAAGACGGGGGUGUGCUUCGAUAUCCCUGUUGACGAACUGAGUAACAUACAGGAACAGUGGAGAGACACCAGGCGCUGGCAACUGUCAGUGGCAAAGGAAUUGCCUGAGCUGGAAGAGUACCUCCAGGAGGUGGGACAAGGGUUCUCCAGAUUUGGAAACGGGAGGCAAGGCGAUGGCAGCUUCAAGAGAAACAACUGGUUUAAGAAUGGAAACCGGGGACAUGGUUUUAACAGAAAAAGUUGCAUCGUUCCUCGGGGGGCUCUGGUGGCCGUUGGGGUGCUCCCGCCGGCCUGUUGCCGGCUGCUGAUCUCGGUGCUUGGUCCAUUUGCCUGCAGCCCCGUCACAGAGGCUGUGGGGAAGACCACUGAGAAUGUGAAAGCA